AUGGAAGAAAACUGGAGGCGACUGAGUUUCGAUGAUGUAAUCUGUCGUCUUUACCAGUUAAGGAGCCAUUUGUCCUUAACAAACAACACAGAAGAGCCACACCGCAAAACAGAAGUAGUUUCCAACUCUUCUUUAAACUGCGUUGACAGCAGUAUACAUGAUGUGCCGAUAGUCUCCUCUGCUCUUGCUGCUGCAGCCGCCUGUGAUCAUGAUGACAACAUUGAGAAUGCUGAGGAUGAUAAUGGGGGUCUGUUUGCCUUGUUGACAGUGGACGAUGGAAUUGAUUCCACACUACAGGAGAACUAUGAGAGAUGCCAAAGCCCCUUGGAAUUCGUUAGCCAGGACGGCUCCGUUGUCAUUACACGUGCACACAAACUGCUGGGGCGAGGAGCUUACUCCGAGGUGUACCACGGAACGCUGUCUGUUGCGGCACCCAAAGAAGAAAGAUACCUUGUUGCAGUAAAGGUGAGUCAUAUGCAGGUGAUCAGUGUGGAUGAGAUUGAUCGCUGGAUUCGCAUGCUUUCUUUAAGGAAGACCAUAAUUCAUCCUUGUAUCAUCCAUUGUUAUUAUAUAGGACUAUUAGAUGCGGAGAGCGAAACAAAGGUUAUCAGGAUGUAUGCAGCCCUCGAACUCUCUUCAGGUGGGACUUUGGACCUUGUUCUAAAGAAAAAAGAGAGACUAAUGGAAAACACUAUUCGAACAAUUCUUUCGCAUAUUUUGUCUGCAUUGUCCUACCUUCACGAGACGAUUGGCGUUGUACAUAACGACGUUAAACCUCACAACAUACUUCUCGUCAUGAAUCAAGAAGAUAAUGACGUCAGAUACAAAUUGUCGGACUUCGAUGCCAUAUGUAAGGUCUCGAGUACUCAAACUAUCACAGGUUCGGUAACACCACCUAUUUCAAGCGGGGUUAAACAAGAAGGUGAAGAAGGUGUAUAUGGCACACCUUUGUACAUGUCACCCGAGAGCUGUCGUGGGAAGCCGUUUUUACCUGGAAACGAUGUGUGGUCUGUGGGCAUUUUGACGUAUCAGCUGUCAACGGGGAGGCUGCCGUGGGGCCCGCUGGAGGCGCAGGUGCCGUCGCUGAUUCUGCAUGGCUACCGUCAGGCCUAUUCGGGAGGCUUUGGACCGAUACUGGAUGAGUUCGAGCAGGGCGUUGGACACGCAUACUCGAAGGAGCUGAAAGACAUGGUAAGAGCUUGCCUCGCAAAGAGUCCCGGAGAGCGGCCCAGCGCGUCCGCACUUCUUCAGCACCCUUUUUUCUCUUCAGAAGAGCUGCAGCUGUGA